CGUACACUACCCACUCUUUACCCCAGACCAAACAUACUAGAAAGGCGCGCAUGAUAUUUCGUUGAGUGCUGCACAGUUUAGGAUCCCAUCGGAAGCCAUAAAUUCAUAAUAGGGGGGAUCAUUGGCUUUCCGGUGCAAUGCCUCAAUUCGCAUGUGACCAAUGCCAUCGUAGGAAAGAGCGCUGUUCCUUUGAUGCCGACGAACGGAGCUGCCGCCAAUGCAAGGUCCAAUCCGUAAAAUGUUCUUUCUUGCGCCGUAGUCGACGGAUGGGUCGGCCGCCCGCCGCUCGAAAGCUACCAUAUGGGUCUUGCAAAAUCCUCAGCUUCGACAAGAAUCAGCAGCCUAGCAGGCGACCAAUAUCAAAUGGACUUAUCGUCUUGGAUAGUUCUGUCGGGGCGAUGGUUGAUGGGCGUAUCGACGGGAAUCAUAGCAGCCACGGCUCUAGGAGCAAUGAGACUCACCAAAUCAGCGAGUCGCCCAUCAACGCCUCCGGUGCGACUCAGACUCUCACUGGUGGCGGGACUUGUCAUGAAAUAAAUGAGACGAACUAUAUCAACAAAAGCAACGAGAGCGUCAAAAGUCUUCAGACUAAUUCUAGUAACACCAAUUCUGAGACGAAUACUGGUCUCAAAUCGCAGGAAACUGAUUCCACCAACGAGGCAGAUGAGAUCACCAAUACCAGUGAUAUCGACGAGAUCAAUGAGAUCAAUAAUAUUAGCGAGAUGCUUGCUAUCGAACCAGCGCCUAACGAAGUCGGGUUUUUGGACUCCUUCAACUUGAAUGCCAUUGAUAUAAUUCGGCCAUGGCAAUGUCCAGGUUUGGACACAACAAGUCAGCAAUCACUACUGGUGGAAAACUGGCUACCGCCGGUUUCUACUUAUCACAACAUUCUCUCAAAUUCGGGCUUGUUCUACCUGUUUCAUCGACAUUUUAUGAUUGGCCCCAGCUUCUGCGACGACUUUGUGAAUGCCAUCAAAUCCGUGUUUACUGGUUCGGAUGGAUUUUUUCUAGAAGCAUACAAUGCUACAUUGGCACUAUGGGAUGUCAGAAAUAAUCGACCCAGGAUCAUAACUGCUUCCGACAUCAAGAACGCCUCACAUUUUCUGAGACAGUUACAGAAGGCAGCUAUUCAAGGCCCCUUUGACGCUGCAGCUAUAGUCUUCCUUGGCCAGAUACUGUUGGUUCACCACGUUGUCGCCUUCGGUACAUCCGCUCACGCUAUCGUUCGUCGGUCAUUGCUGUCAGUCCGCGAAUGGUAUGCUUCGCUGCUGCUUGAAUCAUCAAUGAACCCUAUCACCAUCACCCCAAUAGUCGUCGACACAGUCGAGUCACUCGUGAGGAGAGACAUUCCUGUCGUACAAAUUCCAAGAUACAAAUCAACAACCGUGGACCGGACAGCGGGCCUCUGCGUAGAACUUCUGCAUUUCCAAUACGAUAUUUGUAAGAUAAGCUAUGCAGCUAAGAUUACAGGUCGAAGAAGUAUUGUAUCGGCUGGAGCCACAACGCCCAGCCUUCGUUCCAGUCCAGACAGCAGUUCAUUAGAUGCCCUCGAAGAGAAGGUGCGUCAAUGGGAGCCUUCUCCGCCCUUGACCUUUUUCACCGAAUACACGCCAUCUGAAGUGUCGGCGAUGUUAUUACAAGCACGCGUAUAUCGUUUAGCUACACUUCUCAUCAUUCAUCGGCUGAAAUAUCCGCUCGGAGUUGAGGACGAAUAUGCGUCCCGCCUAGCACUCCUGAUCAUGGUCGAGCUUGAGUGCUUCACUCAACAGGUCACAGAUACUACCGAUGGCUUGGCUAUUGGACUCCCUCUCCUAGUAAGUGCUUUGGAGACUGGCUACUUGAAUGAUCGGAUAGUGUCCUAUGUUGCACCUGUGUCUGCCAAUCCAGACUACGCACAAAAGCUUCAAGAUUUCGUAAGCCUUGUCAGAGCAGCACGGGACCACGGUUACCUCGGGCUUUGGUUUGACCUAGUCGAAGGGGGCUUGCAUGUACCAAUAUUACCAUGAACAAGUUCAACAGGAUUUGCAAUCACGUGUACAGCCUAGACCCUUAAAAUCUCACAUAUCCUCCGUUCUCAGAUGGAAACGAUGCAAGUUCAAUAGUUUUCU